UAAAAGAGAAAUAAUUGUUAGUUUUAUUUUUAUUUUUUAUCAGUGAAAAUAAUAAGAUUAGUUAUCUUGAUCAGUGUUAAAUAUCAUUUUGUUACACGUUACAAGAAGAUACUUCUAAAUUAGUAUACCGAAAUUAUCACAAUACGUUAGAAAAACUAACUACUGUACAAAAAUAUUUUUUUUCCGUUAGCAAUGUGAUAUGGAGUUGACGUUUAAUGAACUUCAAAUAAAUAAUACUGUUUUAAUUUUACUCGAGUUUGUGUUCACUAAAGUGUUUCAAAUGUGAAUUAUUUUUGUAACUACAUUUAGUUUUCUUUCUCAAGUUAUUUUGUAUUGACUUGUAUGUAUUACCUUUACUCUUUGGUCGGUUUAAUGUUUAAUUUAUCUUUACUUACUGAAUAUAAAUGUACAUUUUAAAAUAUUUACAUAAAAAUAAUGUAAAUUAUAUGCAUGAAAAGGCUUAGUCUCGACUGAGACUUACGAAAACAAUGUCCUAAAUUAUCAUAUUUUAUUUACAUAAUUAGUAUAAAAUAUUCAUCAACUUAAUUUGUUGUUUAAUACGUAAGACGUAUCAAUGUAUAUAUUGUCGCUGCCAUUAUGAACAGUAAAAAGCAAUAGAUUCUUUCUAUUACACGUGUUACGUUACAAGUGUCCUUGAACAAUUUUUUGACGUGUGUGUCAAUAUUAUGCAAUGUUAAGUAAGAAUUCUUAUCUUUAAGUUACAUUAUUUGAGCUUGCCUUUUUUAUAGCUGUUUAUUUUCAUGACAAGUUAGUGUAAAUGUAGUUGUGCAUACGUAGCAUCGUAGCGCCCAUAUAAAUACAUCCGCUUGCUUUAAUUCUUUAUUCGGCUGCGUCCCGACGAGAAGUCGGGAUCUAACCUUUCAGAAAAAACAAAUUCUUAUUUUUUAAAAAAGUGAUCAAGUAUUGACGGUGAUUAAAAAUUGUAAAUUUUUAUAUAACAAUUUUGUGACAAAAGUGAAAUCAGACAAAACCUAAACAUUUAGAAAAAUAAUCAAAAUGUCACUUAUAAGCACUUCUUAUAUCGAUGACUUAUUGAGUAUGUCCGAAUCUCCGGACAAUAACAAAGUGAAUUGCCAAGCUGAAAUUCCUCAAUUCUUUGCUGGUAGCAACAUUCUCAUAACUGGUGGUUCUGGAUUUCUUGGUAUACUUCUAAUAGAAAAGUUAUUACGGUGUUGCCCGGACCUAAAAAAGAUAUACAUGAUUAUGAGGUCGAAGAAAGGAAAAUCAUCUGAACAACGAUUUAAAGAACAGUUUGAUGACCCUGUUUACGAGAGAUUGAAAAAAGAACGACCUAACUUUAUUGAUAAAAUACAACUCGUAGAAGCUGAUUGUUCCGAGCUAAAUCUUGGAUUAUCACUACAAGAUCAAGAACAUCUUUUAGACACAAAUAUAAUUUUUCAUGUUGCAGCGACCGUACGAUUUAAUGAACCAAUUCGAAAUGCAGUAAACAUAAAUAUAAGAUCAACGAAACAACUUCUUCUUUUCGCGAAAGAAAUGCCGAAUUUAAAGGCAUUUGUUUAUGUGUCGACUGCAUUUUCUCACUGCGUGAACAAACGUAUAGAAGAAAAGUUUUAUUCUUCGCCCAUGGAACCAGAUAAACUUUUAACAUUGCUUGAUAUACUUGAUGAUAAACAACUAGACAACUUAACUCCAUUUUUAAUAAAUCAAUGGCCAAACGUAUACACGUUUACAAAAGCAAUUGCCGAAGAGACCGUACGUCAAUAUAGCAUCGGUAUACCGACUUGUAUUGUACGUCCGUCGAUUGUAAUGACAACGGCAACUGAGCCAGUGCCUGGAUGGACCAACAACAUCUAUGGAGUGUCAGGCGUAGUGUUUAGCGCUGGCUUAGGUUUGUUACGUAGUUUACAUUGCAAUUCUGAAUGUGUAGCAGAAAUUGUACCUGCCGAUUACGUGGUUUCUCAUAUAAUCGCUGCUUGUUGGGACACGGCUAAAAGAAAAGACACUCUACUUAGUAUCGAGAAUACAACUCCAAAGAUUGAGGAAGAAACCGAAAGAGUGCCGAUGUACAAUUAUGUAUCGUCGUGCCAAAAUCCCAUUACUUGGAAAAUUUUUAUGAACUACCUUCAAAAGAACAAAAACAUUGUACCAAGCGUAUAUUGCGUGUGGUACUACAUGUUCUUUCUGAAUAAACACUUAUUUGUUCAUCGAUUAGCCCAAAUUUUUUUGCACAUGUUUCCCGCUUUGAUAGUGGACGUAGUACUCUUUCUAAUCGGUCGGAAACCCAUGUUAAUAAAGGCUUAUAAAAAGAUACAUAAAUUCGAAACUGUAAUAUCAUACUUUACGAUUCAAGAGUGGCAGUUUUAUAAUGACGCUGUCGUAAAGCUUUGGAAUCGUAUGAGUCUAAGUGAUCGUCAAAUAUUUACUUUCAAUUUAAGUGAUCUUGACUGGGAAUCAUGUACUCUUGCAAUGAUUCCUGGGUUGCGUGUUUACUUAGCUAAAGAUCCGCUGAGCACUAUAGAGCAAGGAAAAGCAAAAUAUAGAAAGUUAAAGAUCGCUCAUUACACUUUGUUGACGAGUCUUACAAUUUUGUUGUUGUGGAAUAUUAUAAAAUUUGUACUUUAUAUAAUAUCGUUAUGGUGAUACUUACAUUAUGAUGCUAGUAAUAAGUUACAACAUAACAAAAUAAAAGGUGUAACUCAGACUAUAUCAUUACUUAGUUUUUCAGCAUUGUCGUAAUACUUGAUAUUAUAUCAUUUACAAUUUAAGUUGUUGAGUCAUUUUCUUUUUUCUGCGUUUUCUAAAGCAUUAUUUUGUUGAAAGCUAAACUACGUAUGAUAAAUACUACUAUAUGUAUUAUGCUAUCUAUAUAUUACAAACAUUAAAAGCAUGCUACGAUAUACAAAGA